GAGCAAAGUCACCAGCUUCAAUAUACAAGGUCUUAAAGAAGUCCAUUUUCCACGUUAUGAUACCCAGACCUCAUUGUCAUUGAUCCAGUUUCUUUCCAUUGUAUUCGAACUCUCUACACGCACGAUUAUUUGCGUCGCGCAUAUCACCAAAGACGCGUCCAAACACACCUGCUCUCCCCCAAAAGUGGGUCCCUCCACAAGUCACCAUGUCCUCACCAACACCCUCACCACUCGACGACGAGAUCGAAUCCCUCAAAGCCAAAAUAACCACCCUAAAGUCCCACCUCCGCAUCCAAACCUCCACCCUCCUCUCCUCCCCUUCCGUCUCUUCCCUCCUCUCCAACCACCCCCCUUCCUCCUCGCACCUCAAACCAAAGGGCCUCACCCCGACCAUCCUCAAAUCCCUUCGCCACCACGCCUCCCUCCAAAAGGCUCACAACCAACAAUCCCUCUACCGGACUUGCGCCACCAUCACCACCUUCCGCGUGCAAGACCCCGAUCCGAACGCGGUAGACGGCGGAGCCGUACUAGGGUUAAGGAUAGAGGUUUUUGCGCGGGGCAGGUUUAUGAGGCCUUAUUAUGUUCUUUUGAACAGGCCUUUUGCGGAGGGGAGGAAUCACGGUGGUGGCCAAAGUGGGAAGGGGAGUGAGAAGGGGAAUAACGGCAAGGAAAAGAGCGGCAGGAGCAGAAAGGGGGGAACCGGAGGGAGGUACGCAAACUGGUUAAGGGUGCAUCGACAUACCAUCCCUCCAUGCGUCCCGAUUUCAGGGCUAGCGGCGCGGUACUUGCCGGCACCACCAUCACGAGAGGAGGAGGGAAGGGAACAAGAUCUGGCCAAGUUUGCUAGACGCCUACGCCGAGAAUUAGUCCGCUACCAUCACCGCCUUGCAACUAUUACAGACCUGCGGAGGGCCAUCCUCGCCGAAUCGGAAUCAAAGCAGCAGCAAGACGAGCAGCAACAAGAAAAGCCCCCAAACAAAAUCCAAGACAUCACCCCAGCCGACGCCGAAGCGAAACAAAUCACUAUCGAAUGGGAAGAUGGCCAGACGGGAAGGUUGGUGAUGGGUGAUGAUGGGGAGAUUGUGCAGGUUGUUGCGUUGAAUGGAGGGGGUGGUGGUGGUGGUGGUGGGCAACAAGGGGGUGGGAGUGGAAGUGGGAGGGAUAGAGAGGUGGUUAGGGAGUUGGUGGGAGGGGCAAAGAGGGUGGAGGAUGUUGUUAGGCGGUUGGGGUCAGGGAUAAAGGGUUGAUGGGCGUGUGAAAUUGUCUGGGUGAGGAGGGGAGGAGGUGAGAUGAUGUGUGAAGGUUGGUUUGAUACCCGGAUAGACAGCAUACUUCCAAUAGGAGAGGGGGAGGAAUUCGAUGAGUAGACAGCAUAUUUCUGUAGUAUGCUCUCAUCCAUUCCCCCGCCAGAGCAUCAUACUGCUUGCCACGUUCGAUCAUCCUCGGCUUCGGUUUCAGGCAGCAGCACUCACCUUGGACCUUCCCCCAGUGCCAGUCCGGAAUACAUUUCCUGC